AACUCCACCGCAGCAACAUAAAAGAGCCGCGUCCUCAGUUCCCUUCCAGCCUUCCAGGCUUCCAUCCUCAUUUUCCCCUUCCUCUCCCACAUCGCCGCCUCCGCCGUUGACCUCGGCGGCCGCCGCCGGCGAGGCACCACCUCGCCGGGCACCUGCCCCGCGCUCCCUGAUCUCUCCUUCCUGCCUCACACGAGCUCCGUAGCCGUCGUUGACCGCCUGCCCGCGCAACCCUAGAUCUCCGAUACCCCGCACGCCCUCCUGCCGCCGCCCCCCCAAUCGGAAUGGGCCACGAUCACCAGUAAGGUCCAGCGACCCAGGACCAACCUCCUCCUUCGCGCGGGUGCGACGCGCCGCCGCGAUGGCGAUCCGCAUCACCGUGUCCUACUCGGGCUACGUGGCCCAGAACCUGGCCGCGUCCUUCGGCCUGCGCUGCACCUCCACCGCCGCUGCCGCAGCCUGCGCUGGCGUAGCGCCGGGCGCAGGGUGCCGCUUCCUCCAGGACGCGCUCUCCCGCCCCUUCUGCCUCUUCGCCUCUUGCCGCCGGGCCGACUACCACCAUGACGCCGAGGAUCACAACCACCCGAAGCCCAAGCCCAAGGCUCUGCCCUCCGCAGCUGCCGGAGGCGGCCACUCUCUGGUGCUCCCGCCGUCGUGCUCCACGAAGGCGCCGGUGGAUGAACCGCCAUCGUCGCUAGCAGUGGGGUUGCUGUCGGUGUUCGCAUCCGGGAUGGGUUCGACUGGUGGCAUUGUGGGCGCCUCCUCCCUCUCCGCGUCGCCGUCAAUAUCUGCUGGGUUCAGCCCUUCGGCGCUCCUCCCAUUCCUGCAGGCAACCAAAUGGCUCCCCUGCAGUGACAUCGUCACCACCAAGACGUCCCACAGCUCAGGACGCCCAGCGGCUGCAACAGCGGGAGCAACAACGGCGCCUGCACCCCGCACAGCUGCGCCAUCGCCCCGUCCUUCGGCUGUGCCCUCACUUGCAGUGGCUGCGCCGUCCAAGGUGGGCAUACAAACGUUGGUCGGUAGUGCCAGCAUCGCCUCAGGUUCAGCUGGGAUUGCUAGUGGCGCCAUCGCCACUGGUGCUGCUGGGAUCGUGAGGAAGACUAGCGCUAGUCUUUCUGGUGGUGCAGUAAUGAGCAGGAAGACCAGUUGGCUAUCGAGGUGGGUGAGCUCAUGCUCGGAUGAUGCAAAGACUGUGUUCGCUGCAGUGACUGUGCCACUGCUCUAUAGAUCAUCCCUAGCUGAGCCGAGGUCCAUACCAUCUAAGUCAAUGUACCCAACAUUGGAUGUUGGUGACCGAAUCCUUGCAGAGAAGGUUUCGUACAUUUUCCGGGAGCCAGAAAUUUUGGACAUUGUGAUCUUUUGUGCACCUCCAGUCCUACAGGCAUUGGGCUACAGCUCAGGUGAUGUGUUCAUCAAGAGAGUAGUGGCGAAGGGUGGGGACAUUGUUGAAGUGCGUGAUGGUAAACUGUUAAUCAAUGGAGUAGUCCAGGAUGAGGAAUUCGUGCUGGAGCCAACUGAUUAUGAAAUGGAUCCAUUGACUGUGCCUGAAGGGUACGUGUUUGUUCUUGGGGACAACAGAAACAACAGCUUUGAUUCACAUAACUGGGGACCACUUCCAGUGAAGAACAUCCUUGGGAGAUCUGUGCUCCGAUACUGGCCGCCAUCGAAAAUAACUGAUACGAUAUAUGAGCAUGAUAUGGCACAGUACACAGCGAGUGCCUCCUGAGAUGUACUUUGUGUGGCAAUACCACAAGGCAAUUCCAGUCCCAUUUUUUCCGGCAGAGCUUUACUGAUGAGCUGAGCCGUCCUUUUCUCGUUUUCUUAUUUAUUGGAUAUCGCCUUGCCUCAAGUGCGCAUUGGCAACUUGGCUGACUGGUUAGUUUUUCUCUGUCCUACGGGCAGAUGCUUGUUUGAAGGCAACAAUUCUUGUACUCUGUAACCUAAGAAGGAACCCCCCUAUACAUAUUCAUAAAAGCAGAUGAAUGAGCAUCCAUGGCUGUAGGCUUAACACCGCAUGGUAAUUCUCUUCUGUUUCUGAGACAUGGAUAUGGUGUUCGAAACUUGGGUGUAAAGGAAUCAGAAAGCAUGAAAGAUUGCUCAUCCUACAGCUGUAUUAUGGCUCUCAUUUCAAUUGCGAAUCCUGGAUCAAGGCCAGCAUGGUAAACUCUAGACUUGUGUUUGAAAUAUUUUGUGUCUGAGUGCUGAGUGAGGGCAACCAUACGGUUUGCAUGAAUUCGUGUAUUCUGCUUGACAGCGCAUUGUAUGAUAAUAAAUUUUUUGCCCCAGUA